AUGAGUGCCCUUUUUGACGUUCAUAAACUAGCUAAGAAAAUAAAAGAACAAAUUGGUGAUGGUUUAACUGAAGAAGAUAUUCUAUCUCUUUUGCUUAUCGAUGAAGAAGCCUAUCAACGUGAUAGCCCUCGUUCAGUGGCGAUUACGGGCGACACAAAGAUGGCCCGCGAUGUACUCGCUUGGAUAAAAGAAAUUUGUGUUGAAUUUAAAGUAGGGCUCAAUACUUAUACUGUUAACCUUUUGAUUGAUGGUUCCAAGUAUACUAUUGAGCUAUUUAAUAAGGACCGUCAAUCUACUGACUUAGCCAAUGAAGAGGAGCGAGCUUCAUUUUCGAUCUUCAAAGGAGGAAUCGGGAAUUAUGAAGAGUUUAUUGGGGCCUUCUUCUUUCGUGAGUUCGAUUAUUAUUCGAUGCAGUGGACUCAAAAAUCAUCGGUAAAAGAUGAUCCUCGCCUAUUGACGUCGAACGCCAGUUGGAAGACCUACUUCAAAUCUGUUUUUCUAGAAGCAGAAGAUUAUGGCAAAUUAUUCUACGGAAGCCAAGCGGAAUUAAUUUUCCAGAUGCUUUUGGGCUUAGAAUUUACUUAUCCUAUCAAUCGUAUUAAAGUUAAGAAGGAAAAUCUUCAAAAUCAGUUAGGCCUUUCAAAACUUGCAGAGACUGCAAUCGCCCAAUCAAAGGCAGCUGAUUACCAAAAGUUGCAGGAUGAAUUAAACAUAAUUAUCCCCAAAUUGGCUCAGUUAAAUUUAGAAAAGGAUGCGGCCAAGAAUGUGGUCGUGACAACCACUGAAGAGGAACUGGAGCGGGCUCGCCAACGUCACCAAGUUGCUACAGCUCGUCGAGCUGCUCUCGAUGAUGAAAUUGAAGAGCAUAAUCGUACUCUUGUACGUUUGCGCAAGGAGUUUGUUCGGCUUGGAGAAGACGUAUCCAAUUAUACGGUAGAUAUUAAUAAAAAGGAACGUAAAAUCACCGAACUUCGCGAAUACAUUGAUCUAGGUGCAUUCUUUAGUAGCUUAGAUGUGAAGGUAUGCCCACACUGCAGCCACGGUGUAGAAAAAAAUAAAGUUGUUCACGAGCAGCAAACAGGCGACAUAAGUCGACUGCAACAGGAGUUGAAUCGAAAGCCAGUUCUAUUCGACUACGAUAAGUACUUAGAAAAGGUUAAUCCGUUGAUUGCACGUAAAGCAGUCAUUGAAGAUAAGCUUGCUUUAGGCCAACCCGCAAUCGCUCUUCCACAAACUAGCCAGACUUAUAUUGAGGCACAGAUAGCAGCAUUAGAUAUAGCGCUAACCAACCUUAAAGAACUUAGGAAUAGUAAGAGUCGAGCCUUGUUUGCAAAAUUAGAGACCCUAUACCUUAAGCAGUUACAUGCUUUCGGCUUAACACAAUACGAAGGGGUUGAUGUCAGGGAUGAUUUUAGAAUUAAUUAUUAUAAGAACGGUGAUGUGUACGCUUUUGAUGACAUUUCCGCUGGUGAGCAAUUGCGAGCUAAACUCGGUUUGUAUAUUGCCUUAAUCGAAAUGGAUGUUGCUUAUCAGCUAGGCCACCAUCCUCGCUUUAUUAUUCUUGAUUCACCAGCAAAGGAAGAAGGUGAUCAUUCUUUUUUGGAUGGUUUACGGGAAACCUUGGCUUACGUUGAACGUGAGUUUGGUGAACAUUUGCAGGUUUUUGUUGGUACAGCCCAACGUGAGCUAGUUACUGCUGUUACACUUGACAAGGUUGAAGAGCAACCAGAACAGGUAUAUUUUUUCUAA